UUCCUUGCUCUGUCUCCAGUAAAAACACUGCCAUGGCCGCUAGCGACUACGUCGACGACGAUAAAGAAGAGCUCGUUGCGCCUAACAUCGCCAAAUAGGAUUCACAUGACAUUUGAGCCGUGGGCUAGGUCGACGACGACCUUCGCGCCAAUUUUGUGUGUACAUUGAUGGAUCCCUAUGCGCAAAUGUCGCUGGCCCCGAUACCAGAGCAAUCGCAGAACUGGGCGUCCGCUGCGCCCACCAACCUUACAGGAAGAAUGGUUCCAUCUGUCCGUCCUCCUGUGACGACCAAACCCACCGAUGAGCAGUUCUUCAUAUACGAUGAUCAAGGCCACUCAAAGCCUAAUCCUCACUUUCUGAGGGACCAUUUCUUCCAAGAAGGCCGCUUAACAGAGGCACACGCCCUCUAUAUCCUCGACCAAGCGACGAAGCUGCUGAGCAAAGAGAGGAACCUCGUCGAUGUCAGGAGCCCUGUAACGAUAUGCGGUGAUAUCCAUGGCCAAUAUUAUGAUCUCAUGAAACUAUUCGAUGUCGGGGGCUCGCUGAAUGAUAAUUGCUAUCUAUUCCUUGGAGACUAUGUUGACCGAGGUUGUUUCGGAAUCGAGUGUCUGUUGUAUCUAUACACUCUCAAACUGUGCUAUCCAACAAAAUUUGUUCUACUACGAGGUAACCAUGAAUGUCGACAUCUAACUGAAUAUUUCACCUUCAAGCGAGAAUGUCUUCACAAGUACUCACAGGUGGUGUACGAGGCUUGUAUACAAUCAUUCCAAGCGCUUCCCCUUACCGCUGUAGUCGAUGGCCGAUUUUUCUGUGUUCAUGGUGGCAUAUCACCCGAGUUGGUAUCACUUGACGAUAUACACAAGCUGAAUCGCUUUGGAGAACCAGGCUCCAGUGGACUCCUCUGUGACUUGUUAUGGGCGGACCCCAUCAGUAAUUUUGGGAAUGAACAGGAACCAUCGGCCAUCGGCCGUAUACCCCCAGGAACUCCCUUUCUCUCCAAUCAGACUAGAGGAUGUUCGUAUUUUUUCACUUAUGAUGCUGCGUGCGCGUUUCUGGAUCGGACAGGUCUCCUCGGAAUAAUACGAGGACACGAAGCGCAAGAUGCUGGAUACACCAUGUACAAGAAGACUCCACAGAAAAAAUUCCCUUCGGUCAUUACCAUAUUCUCCGCCCCGAACUAUCUGGAUGUAUACCAUAAUCGCGGAGCCGUGUUGAAAUAUGCAAACAAGAAUAUAACGAUACGACAGUACAAUUCUAGCUCACAUCCUUAUUGGCUCCCCAACUUUAUGGAUGCUUUCACGUGGAGUCUACCAUUCGUCGGUGCCAAAAUCACGGAGAUGUUGUUGGCUGUUCUAAGCGUGUGCAGCGAAGAAGAGCUCGGCGAGACAGAUUCGGACGGCGAAGGCGAUAUUCAGGCUCUAGCAGAGGCCACAAGGGAUAAUCAACGGCGAGAAGAGAUCAAGAACAAGAUCUUGGCAGUGGGGCGGAUGCAAAGAGUGUUCCAGAUCCUUCGGGAGGAAGCUGAGACAGCUUCUGAACUCACAAUGGGAGACGAAUUAUCGAGGGGUAGAAGCGACGCGCUGGGUGUUCAGCAAGUCGGCCGGAGCAUUCGAACCUUUGCCGAUGCACGCCGAUCUGAUAUGAUGAAUGAGCGGAUCCCGACGUUCGAGCCGACGGUCCCGGGGACGUUCCCUGUCCCUAGUAUGAGAUACCCUGGUAGAAGGGGAAGUGCGGAGGGUGAGGGUUUCGACAUGGACACCCUGAUAAGGCGGACGCUGGAGGAGAACGACGCCAGUGGAGUCGUUGAGAGGCUCGCUGAGAAAUUGGCAAAGGAGAGGAAGCCGACAGGUCGGCCAAUGCCACUGAAGAGGCAUGAGACAACAUAAUUGCGGCGUGGAAUGGACUGCAGGAUCUCGCUUAAUAUUUUCUAUCUGCCUUCUACCUCAGCAGUGUACUAAUUUAUGCACGAUUUUAGCAGAUUUUCCCAUGAAUGGAGGCUUUUUUACUUCCGUCCGCCUUUGGCAUGAUCGUGUUUCAGUCGUUCUUGCUACGAUGUGCAUACAU